GCGGUUGCGCAGGGAAGUGGAGAGGGGGCGGUUGGUUAGAUGCCGUGGCCGGUUUACAUAACCGAAAUAAUUUACUGUGAUUUCUCAUAUAUAUAUAUAUAUACACACAACUACAACAUCAAAUGUUAUUGCUGUGCAGAUUGAAUAAGUUGAGGUUGCGUUUCUUUAAUAGGAAGAUCAGUACAAGCAAAGAGGGACUGAAGGGGCGCUCGGUAGACGCUCUUCUGCAUCAUCCCCGGACAGACAGUCGAUGCUGUUGUGAUCAUCACAGUCUGUGGAUGUGAUUGAGGGAGUUUUGGAUUGUUACACAUCAGCAGGUGAUAACUGACCGCUUAUAGACGGGAUUUGAAAACACAGUGGCCAGGUUAGUGGCGAGGAGUCGUGCAUAUACGGAGGUGGUAGGAACUUUGGAGAAUGAGUGGUGAGGAGAACCCUGCUGCUGAACCUGCACCUGUGAUAGAUGUGCUGGGAGAUGGACGCUGGAUGUCACAGCAUAACCGAUUCGUGCAGGAGUGCAAAGAUGCAGAGCCAGAUGUUCUGUUUGUGGGGGACUCCAUGGUGCAGCUUAUGCAGCAGUAUGAGGUGUGGAAGGAACUCUUCUCACCUCUUCAUGCUCUGAAUUUUGGUAUUAAUGGAGACACAACCUCUAAUGUGCUGUGGAGACUACAAAAUGGAGAACUGGAGAACAUCAGACCCAGGGUGGUGGUUUUAUGGGUAGGAACCAAUAAUCAUGAACACAUGGCAGAACAGGUUGCAGGAGGCAUAGUGGCCAUUGUAGAGCUACUUUUUUCUCGCCUCCCUAAAUGCAAAAUUAUUGUUUUGGGCCUAUUGCCAAGGGGAGAGUUCCCCAACCCCUUGAGAGAGAAAAAUGCAUCUGUGAACAAUUUACUUCGUGCAUCCCUUCCUCGACUUGGCCCAGUACAGUUUCUCGAAGUGGGAGGUGGUUUUGUCCACUCAGAUGGAACCAUUUCCUCUCGAGACAUGUUCGAUUACCUACAUCUGACUGCCGGUGCAUACAGGACCAUAUCUUCAACUCUCCAUGAUCUGCUGCUUCAACUAUUGGAGGAAAUGCCUCAGGAGAGGCGGGCCUCACUGGUUUAAGAUGGGGGGGGGCAUGACUGUAAAUUGGUCAAUCACUUGAGAGGCAGGGUUAAGAACUGUUUGAUAAGCCGAAUGUACUUCAAAUACUUCAAUUUGAAUAACAAAGUAAAGUGGAAAAAUAAAUGUUUGAUUUGCAGCAAAACACAAAGGGGAUGUAGGGUAGUGACCAAUUUUAUAUGACCAAUAUUAUACGUCUAAACUGUAUGAAUCUAUAAAGUAUAAUAGAAAACAGUUUGGGGAAUGAAGAAUAGAUGGCAAAUAUUUGUGACAAAAGGAGAGGAAAACAAAUAAGUGUCUUAGGACAUGUUGCUUUGCGUGGGACCAGAAUCUCUUCUAAAUCUCAUUGUCACUGUCUGAACAACCAUUUAUUGUUGCACUCUUUCUGCCAGCUUCUCCAUGCCUUUAUGCACACAGUCAGUCACACUCACAGUGGUGUUAUGAUGACCGUAGCUCAACACAAUCAUGCCUUUGAAAAUCUGUCUUGACUUGCUCCCAUUUAAAGUUCUUUCUGAGUAUACCCUGAUACAAGGCAUGUGAAACCCUCUCUUCUGCAAUAUCUUUCUCUUUCAUCUUGUCAAUAACACAAAUAGUAACAAAAUAUAGAGAGGACUGUUGAGAGAGAGCGAGAGCCCUAACCCAGAUGACAGACAUACAGUACAUCUCUUUUAGAGUUUUAGAUCUUUUCAUCUGAAAAGAAUUACAAUAUAAUUAACAUCUGCUAAACAUCUUUACAAACAUUAUAAAUCAUAAACGUGUCAAAGACAUCUGCUGAAAGUCUUAUUGUAAUCUGAUAUAUAACAAUUGACAUACAUCUUAUAGAUUAAUUGCAGAUGAGCAAACAAUGUAAAAAAUUAAACACACAUCAAAUAGAUGUCUGGGUUAUGUAAGUGUGCCAUCAGGGAAAUUAUCCUCCUCUUAAGCACCUAAUGCAACACCACAAAGUAUUAAUAUUAAUCUUGCCUGCUCUGCAUCUAUUUUAUUGUGUAUGUGUCCAUACUCUAUAAAGGUGUGUGUGUGUGAGAGAGAGAGAGAGAGAGGGAGGGCAAGCAUAUACAAUUGUGUGUGAGACAAUGUAUAUAACCUGUUAUUAUUAAUGUAGGCUAAUCUGGUCAAGUGCUUAUUAUAGCUGUAGUAGUGUAUGUGGACGUUUUUGUGUAUGAGUGUAAGAGCGCAAUCUAUAACUAUUUGAAUGGGCUGCAAAGUGUGCACUACUACUCUGGCACAACUGCCAUGUUUGAGAUCCAUGCAUUGUAAUAAAUCAGCAGACUUCCUUUGUGUAUACUCGCUUUCGCUUGAUGUCGACACAGUUGAGAUGAGGAAUGGUCUAUGGUUUGAUGAUCAG